CCCCCCACCCUGCCCCUCCCCUCCCCUGCUCAAAAGUUGGCUUCUCAGGGAGCACUUUCCUCUCAUGGUUCUGGAAGUUUUGAGGCUUCCUCAUCCUCUCACCUUGCUCUUUUCUGUCACAGUAACUUCGUCUGGCGUGCUUGGGGUGUCUUGUUUACUUGUCUGCCGUCUCUCUCCUUGCAGACAGGGAUACCUCCUCCUGUCUUCUGAGCCCUGUCCCCUCCUGUAGCUCCAGGCUCUAUUCCCGCACCUCCGCUGUCCAGGCUGCCGCUUUUCUCCCUGGGAUCGCUGUGGGUCCUGUCAGGAGGCGGGACUGCCAGUACCUUAGGACUGGGCUUUGGAUUCAGAAAACCAACCCGGGCCCCACGCUUCGGGGCCGUGUGCCACAAGUGCCUCUGUGGCCUCAGGUCCUCGGCCAUGAAGAGGGGCAGCCCUCUGUUCCCACAGAUGCCAGAGGGCCUCUGUGAGCCUGGCGUGGCUUGGGGUAGGAGAUGCAGAGAGGGGAGACAGCUGAGACCCUGCUCUCAGAGAGCUCACGCCCAGUGGGGGCAGGAACAGGCCUGGAAGCGAACCUGAGACCCCCAUCUGUGGCAGGCAGCCCCUCAGCUGUGGCCCCGUCAUCCUGAUGUGUGGUGCUGGCUUUGGACACUUCACGUGGCUGGCAGGGGGAGGGGCUGGCCAGGACGUGGGCCGAAGCUGCAUCCUGGUCUCCAUUGCCGGCAAGAAUGUCAUGCUGGACUGCGGAAUGCACAUGGGCUUCAAUGAUGACCGACGCUUCCCCGACUUCUCCUACAUCACCCAGAACGGCCGCCUGACAGACUUCCUGGACUGUGUGAUCAUUAGCCACUUCCACCUGGACCACUGUGGGGCACUCCCCUACUUCAGCGAGAUGGUGGGCUACGACGGGCCCAUCUACAUGACCCACCCCACCCAGGCCAUCUGCCCCAUCUUGCUGGAGGACUACCGCAAGAUCGCCGUUGACAAGAAGGGCGAGGCCAACUUCUUCACCUCCCAGAUGAUCAAAGACUGCAUGAAGAAGGUGGUGGCUGUCCACCUCCACCAGACGGUCCAGGUAGACGAUGAGCUGGAGAUCAAGGCCUACUAUGCAGGCCACGUGCUGGGGGCAGCCAUGUUCCAGAUUAAAGUGGGCUCAGAGUCUGUGGUCUACACGGGUGAUUAUAACAUGACCCCAGACCGACACUUGGGAGCUGCCUGGAUUGACAAGUGCCGCCCCAACCUGCUCAUCACAGAGUCCACGUAUGCCACGACCAUCCGUGACUCCAAGCGCUGCCGGGAGCGAGACUUCCUGAAGAAAGUCCAUGAGACCGUGGAGCGUGGUGGGAAGGUGCUGAUACCCGUGUUCGCGCUGGGCCGUGCCCAGGAGCUCUGCAUCCUCCUGGAGACCUUCUGGGAGCGCAUGAACCUGAAGGUGCCCAUCUACUUCUCCACGGGGCUGACCGAGAAGGCCAACCACUACUACAAGCUGUUUAUCCCCUGGACCAACCAGAAAAUCCGCAAGACUUUCGUGCAGAGGAACAUGUUCGAGUUCAAGCACAUCAAGGCCUUCGACCGGGCUUUUGCUGACAACCCAGGACCGAUGGUUGUGUUUGCCACGCCAGGAAUGCUGCACGCUGGGCAGUCCCUGCAGAUCUUCCGGAAAUGGGCCGGAAAUGAAAAGAACAUGGUCAUCAUGCCCGGCUACUGCGUGCAGGGCACCGUCGGCCACAAGAUCCUCAGCGGGCAGCGGAAGCUCGAGAUGGAGGGGCGGCAGGUGCUGGAGGUCAAGAUGCAGGUGGAGUACAUGUCAUUCAGCGCACACGCGGACGCCAAGGGCAUCAUGCAGCUGGUGGGCCAGGCAGAGCCAGAGAGCGUGCUGCUGGUGCAUGGCGAGGCCAAGAAGAUGGAGUUCCUGAAGCAGAAGAUUGAGCAGGAGCUCCGGGUCAGCUGCUACAUGCCGGCCAAUGGCGAGACGGUGACGCUGCCCACAAGCCCCAGCAUCCCCGUAGGCAUCUCGCUGGGGUUGCUGAAGCGGGAGAUGGCACAGGGGCUGCUCCCUGAGGCCAAGAAGCCUCGGCUCCUGCACGGCACCCUGAUCAUGAAGGACAGCAACUUCCGGCUGGUGUCCUCAGAGCAAGCCCUGAAAGAGCUGGGUCUGGCUGAGCACCAGCUGCGCUUCACCUGCCGCGUGCACCUGCAUGACACACGCAAGGAGCAGGAGACGGCGUUGCGCGUCUACAGCCACCUCAAGAGCGUCCUGAAGGACCACUGUGUGCAACACCUCCCGGACGGCUCUGUGACUGUGGAGUCCAUCCUCAUCCAGGCCGCCGCCCCUUCUGAGGACCCAGGCACCAAGGUGCUGCUGGUCUCCUGGACCUACCAGGACGAGGAGCUGGGGAGCUUCCUCACAUCUCUGCUGAAGAAGGGCCUUCCCCAGGCCCCCAGCUGAGGUCGGCAACUCACCCAGCCACCACCUCUGUCCUCUCCCAGCUGGACAGACCAGGGCCUGCACUUCAGGACUGUGGGUGCCCUGGGUGAACAGACCCCACUGGUCCCAUCCCUGGGGACAGAGGCCUUGUGUCACGUGCCUGUCCAGGCAGCUGUUUCCAGCUGAAGAAAUAAACUGGCCUCCGGGCUGUCUUGCCUUUAUUCCUGCUCCUGGGCCCCCAAAUGGUUAGGGCAGGCGGUCCCAGACAGCAUUUCCAGUAAAAGCUGAACAAAAGA